UCCGUCCACAAAACAAAACCGGACGACUUCUCCACGUCCAAAAUACACACAUAUCCUUUAAAAUUAAAAAAAAAACAUACCUUUCACACUUAUCUCUUUAUGUAAUAAUCUUUAUUGACUAAGGAUUAUUAAAUAACAUAUUUAAUUUAAUAAAAGAAUUGGUUAUUAUCCCGUGUCGUCUUUGACCUCUUUCCCGCGCUCGUGUUUUUAUUCGCGGUGUUACUGUGAUGUGAAUUAGCUUGUUGAUGACCACUGAAGAACCGAUGGCUGCCGCUGCUGUGGCCAUCGCCGAGCCCCCGCCGCCGCCGGACCCGGCCCCGGCACCGGAGCCCGAACAACCACCGUCCGACGACGAGCCCGAACCGUCCAACUGGAGACCCUCCCGACCGCCGUCCCCCCCGCAGCGCCCUGAUGACGUCUCCGAAGGUUCCGAAGUCACCACGCGUCCUGGAAGACCAGAACCGGCUAGUCGAUACGCUAAUCUCAACUAUUGGAAGGCCAGACGAGUCACAUUUUAUCGCAAUGGCGAUCCUUUCCAUCCAGGAGUUGAAUUCAGGUUCAAACCUGGAAGAGACCUCGUAUCUAUGGAUGCGCUACUGGACCGGUUAUCAGAAAGGCUGGAGCUGCCGAGAGGAGCAAGGUUCAUAUUCGGGAUGGACGGCGACAGGAAAUACAGGCUGGAGGAGCUGGAAGACGGCGCAUCGUACGUUGUGUCCUCAUAUAAAACUUUUAAGGCGGCAAGUUACGGCAAAAAGAACGGCAUGUGGUACGGAGGUACAGCAGCCACCACGGGGGGCUGGUCGCGUGCCGGCACCCGUAAGCAGUCAGUGGCAGAGUCCGACGCGCCUCCGCCGGGCGGCGGCAAGCCUGCCAGCGGCCGCGUCAUCAGGAUCAUCAACAAUAUGGACCACUCCAUACAGUGCCGCGUGUUGCUGAACCUCCGUACAACUCAGCCGUUUGAAGAGGUGCUGGAAGACUUGGGCCAGGUUCUCAAGAUGAGCGGUGCUAAGAGGAUGUACACAAUAACUGGACAAGAGGUGCGAAGUUUUUCACAACUGCGCAAUGAGUUCGCGGACGUGGAGACAUUUUACUUGGGCUCGCUGAUAGUAGCUCCUGCGCUUAGCCCUGGAGUCAGCGCGCCAUUGCCGGUCGAAUCGCCUAUUAGAAGAUCAAGGUCAAGAGGCAAUGUGGCCGCUGCGCCGCCAUCGGAAGACAUGCGCGGGAGACGAGCUCGAAGCAAAAGUAGACCAAGAGUACUUUACGCGCCUGAAGGAGAGAUCGUCCGAAAUUCAGACUAUACCCUGCUAGAAGUCCUGAAGGAGGAGCCGAUUCGGGUCACCAUUCGAGGCCUCCGACGCACUUUCUACCCGCCAAUACACCACGCGCCCAUCGACAACGCUCCGCCAGAAAAGAAGAUGCAGCUGGACUGGGUCUAUGGGUACCGUGGGAUUGACUCCCGGCGAAACCUAUGGGUGCUGCCGACUGGAGAACUGCUGUACUACGUAUCAGCUGUGGCCAUCAUGUAUGACAGAGAUGAGGAAUCGCAGAGACACUACAUAGGGCAUACUGAGGAUAUCCAAUGCAUGGAACUACACCCCUCCCGCGAACUUGUGGCGAGCGGUCAAAAAGCCGGCCGUGGGCGUCGAGCGCAGGCGCACGUGAGGAUCUGGAGUACGGACACGUUGCAGACGCUGCACGUCUUCGGCAUGGCCGAGUUCGAAACUGGGGUCUCUGCAGUCGCUUUCUCGCAGUUGAAUGGUGGCAGUUACGUGCUAGCCGUGGAUGCUGGUCGUGAGAGCAUACUCUCCGUAUGGCAGUGGCAGUGGGGACAUUUGCUUGGCAAAGUGGCGACUCUACAAGAAGAGCUGACUGGCGCGGCUUUCCACCCGUUAGACGACAACUUGCUGAUCACACAUGGAAAGGGGCACUUAACUUUCUGGAAUCGCAGAAAAGACGGAUUUUUCGAACGUACAGAUAUUAUCAAGCCGCCUUCCCGUACUCACGUAACAGCGCUGCAGUUUGAACAAGAUGGCGACGUGGUAACAGCUGACAGUGACGGCUUCAUCACCAUUUACAGCGUGGACAGUGAUGGAGCGUACUUCGUGCGAAUGGAGUUCGAGGCUCACAUAAAAGGGAUAAGUUCAUUGGUGAUGCUAUCUGAAGGUACUCUCAUAUCUGGAGGCGAGAAAGAUCGAAAGAUUGCCGCGUGGGACUCCCUGCAGAACUACAAGAAGAUUACUGAUACCAAGUUGCCUGAGUCUGCAGGCGGCGUCCGAAGUAUAUACCCUCAGAGGCCAGGCAGAAACGAUGGAAACUUGUAUGUAGGCACUACGAGAAACAAUAUCAUGGAAGGAUCAUUGCAAAGGCGAUUUAAUCAGGUGGUGUUUGGCCAUCACAAGCAACUGAUGGGUCUGGCUGUGCAUCCUGACGAUGAAAUGUUCGCGACAGCCGGUCAUGAUAAGAAUAUCGCUUUAUGGAAGGGACACAAGCUAGUGUUUGCUACUCAGGUUGGGUACGAAUGCGUGUCGCUGGCGUGGCACUCGGGCGGGGGGGCGCUGGCGGCGGGCAGCACGGAGGGCCACCUGGUGAUUCUCAACGCGGACGCGGGCGCGCACGUCGCGACGCUCAGGGUCUGCGGGUCGCCGCUCAACUGCUUGGCGUACAAUUCUGCCGGAGACACCCUCGCCAUCGGGUCCCAGAACGGCAGCAUCUACCUGUUCCGCGUGUCCCGCGACGGGUUCUCCUACAAGAAGUCAAACAAGAUCCGCGGCGCGCAGCCUCUCAUGCAGCUCGACUGGAGUCUCGACGGGAACUACCUGCAGACCGUCACUGCUGACUAUGACCUGGCAUUCUGGGACAUCAAAUCCUUAUCACCCGAAAAGAGUCCGAUAGCAAUGAAAGAUGUGAAAUGGUCUACCUACAACUCUACUGUCGGUUUCCUAGUUUCAGGAAUGUGGAACAAUCGAUUCUACCCAAUGACAACGCUCAUUUCCACCGCCAGUCGGUCAGCGGCUCACGAUCUCUUGGUGAGCGGAGACACAGAUGGACAUUUGCGCUUGUUCAGAUACCCAUGCGCCAGCCCGAAAGCCGAGUACAACGAGACGAAGGUAUAUACCGGUGCCAUAUCGAGUGCACGAUUCCUGUUCAACGACCGCUGCAUGGUGAGCGCGGGCGGCACGGACGCGGCUCUGAUGCUGUGGGAGCUCGUGGACGAUUAGCGGCGCGCCGUGCCGGCGCUGCGGCCGCCGGCCGUUCUCGUCGCCCCCCCGACCCCCUCACCGCCGCCCCCCGCGCGGUCAACCUUCCGAGUACUCGACUUUGAGGAACUCGAUUGAAAUACCUGUGACGAACUCACCUGGUAUUCACUUCGAUAUUCGGUCACGAUGUCACAUUUCUGAUGAUCACAGCACUAUAUAGUACCAAUGUUUGUAUUACGAUUAUGGAAUGAUAAAAAUCUUGAUAAAAAAAAUAUUAAAAUUAGAAUGUUAAAAAUUUUAAUUAGGUAUCUACGUAUCUAAAUUACUCACUGCCAUCGUUAAUUGCAUAAAGUAAUAAUCGUAGGUAAAUUUAAAUCACGUUAAAAUUAUUUAAUCGAUUAAAAAUUGGAUUAUAAUUGGUAAAAAGCUUUGAGGAAUGUGGAUAGGAAUAACUUGUGAUUGGUAUUUUUGGUGCUGAGUAUGAGGUUGAGUAAGAUAUGAGAUUAUAAAAAUCUAUUACACGGUUUAGAACGGAGUUUGAACUUAUUUCUAGCGGUUAUAACGUUAUUUAUAGUGGUUGAUUCAGUUUAAAGACGUUUUGUAAUAAUUUUAUUGAAAUAUAUUUUAUUUAUAAAUAUAUUACUAGCUUCGCUUGAUGCGUUCUUGGAAAACACUGAAUACAUAUAUGUAUAGUAUAUAUACAUGGUCAAUAAUAUUAUGGUAUUAAUAUCUAAGUAUUUAAUACUUAAAUACGCGGAAACUGUAUUUCACGAGGAUAAAUAAACCCUCUUACACUUUUCGUGAAAUGAUUAAAUAAAUAUGUAUUUAUAUAUGUAUAACAAAGCAUACUUUUUCACCCCUGUUAUGUUGAUCAAUAUCACAUGUAUUUACUUAGAUUACACUAUAUAUUAUAUAUAAAUUGUAAGGUAUAUCCUUCGGGAUAUACCGAGUAGAUUUAAGUAUUUGGAAUAUUUAUAAAAAAUUGUUCAAGGACUUCCGUUAUGUGGCGGGCCACAGAUUUACAUUUAUUUACUUUAAUAUAAGGUCUUUUAUAUAGCUAAUAAUGUCGUAACUAGAAUACACACGAAUUAUUCAUGCGAAAAUUGAACAUUUUAGAGGUCGAUCACACGACGAUAAUACGCAAACGGAUUCACUGUUGUUCCAUUAAAAUUGGCAAAAAUAUAUAAAAUCCGAAGCACACAGUACCUAUAACGUUGAAUUCGUAAAGCAUCUCUAAAGUUACGUAAAUUUGUUUACAAUUAAUUGUAAUAAAAACGACACAUUUUACAUUUUGACACAUUUCUACGUAGUCGUAGUUUUCAAUGAAAGUAGUUUGGUAAGUUAUGCUUAGUAUAAUAUUUUUAAAUGAUUUCAUUAAAUGAGCGCACUACCAUCACGAUCUUAUACGAAACUAGCUUUUGCCCGCGGCUCCGCCCGCGUUUAUAUCCCUGCGAAAGCGGUACCGACAUGAUUUUCAUACAAAAUUUCAACCCACAUUAUAGUAAUAUGGGGGUUGAUUUUUCGAAAAAAAAAGCCUAUGUUUGAACGGCGUCUUUAUAACUAUAUGAAUACCUAAUUCCAUCAAAAUCGGUUGUUUACCCUUAAAAACAAACAGACACACAGACUUUCGCAUUUAUAAUAUUAGUAUGGAUAAAAGUAUUAAAUACGAUGUCCACAAAAUAAUAUCCUUAUUGCAUUAAAAAAUAACUGCCGCGGCUAAAAAAAGUAAACAGUGUACCUAUUAUACGAGUAGCUACUUAAUGUGAGGGAAUAUUACAGAGGUUUAACAUACUAUUCAAAAUGAUAAUCAGUUAUGAUGGGAAUUUUCUUCUUUAAGGACCAUAAUUUCCCUUGAGCCCUCUCAUUAUAUUUUUCUAUACCGAAUUGAUCAAUAUUUUGAUCAGAUGAAAACCUAGCAUACUCCUAUAGUGUGAUUAUAGGUAACACUUUCAACUAUUUUAUUCAAAUUAUGUAAGUACUUUCAUUUCGUCUCACAUUUGUAACAAAUAAAUAAUAAUAAAGUAUAAAAUACAUUGA